GCACCUGUCUGCUAUUCCAGUAUGCUGAUGUUGGAUUUUAUAUGCUUUUACCAAUGCUACUUUUCUGACAGGUCGUAAAAGUGCACAAUGAAAACCUAUGGCUUUGUGCAGGGGUGGACUGACAACUCAUGGGGCCCCUGGGCAAUAGGGGAUCAUGGGGCCCCUGUGUCCUUGCCCAAACUCAAAAAAGCCUAUGAAAAAGGUACCAGGGGCAUCUCAUGGGGCCCUCUACUGACCCCGGGCCCUCGGGCAGUGCCCGAGUUUCCAAAUUGUCAGUCCGCCCCUAGCUUUGUGUAACUAA